CUGAGUUGAUAGAAGCUCAGAUCCAGUGCUUACAGAUUUGGUAACCUCAGGUUUAGCACUGGAUGUUGGUCUAACGCAGAGGUGGCUCAACAAUUUAAAAAGGGAUUUUAAAGAGAUCAACCUGGAAUGAACUAAUCGACUAAUUACAUUUUAAAACGAUGUCAAGACGCUUCAAACUUUUGGCACUGCUCUGCACACUGCUAAUGGUGGCCUGUGUAUUUUUCUAUAGAACACAAUACACUACUCUUUUCAAGUCAGUAAUUUAUCCAGAAAGCAUUUAUAUCAGUCCAACGGAUGUUCUAAAAGAAGGAAAUGGUAUUAUAUUUGUUGAGACUACAGACAGGAUGAAGCCACCAUCUUUGGUUUUAUGUGCUAUUGAAUCUGCAGCCCGUGUGUACAAGGACCGACCUGUGGUUUUCUUCAUGAAGGGUUUACAAGACAUUACAAUAAUACAGGAUGAACUGGAAGCCCGCCAGAGAUUCCCUACCCUCUCAUCUUUUGAUAAUGUCUACUUUUUUCCUUUGCAAAUGGAUAAAUUAUUUAACGACACGCCACUCAUGCCAUGGUAUAAGAAGGUAAAUCCAAAAUUUGAAAUAUAUUGGACUCAUGUAAGUGCAGAUGGAUGCAGGUUAGCCCUCGUUUGGAAACAUGGAGGCAUUUAUAUGGAUUCUGACAUUAUAUCAAUGCGGCCCAUCCCAGAUGUGAAUUUUCUUGCAGCCGAAUACUCUCAGUCUUCGAGUAAUGGUGUAUUUGGACUAUCCCAUCACCACAAUUUUUCCUGGAAAAGCAUGGAAAACUUUGUGCAGAAUUAUAACGGAGCAAUAUGGGGGAACCAAGGUCCACAGCUUUUUACACGCACUCUAAAGACAUUUUGUACUAUUCCUCAGUUUAAGUCUAACGAGGAUGUUAAAUGUGGAAACAUCUCUUUUUUGAAUCCUAAGAGGUUCUAUCCCAUUCCAUACGGGGCCUGGAAAAGAUACUAUGAUGUCUGUCCAAAUGUGCCAACUUUCAAUGAUUCUUAUGCCUUGCAUUUCUGGAAUUUUAUGAACAAAGAACAGAAAACUAUGGUUCCUGGAGAUAACACACUGAUAGAACAUCUCUACAAACAGUAUUGUCCCACAACCUACGCUGCUCUUAAAAAUAAUGAGCCUAUUUAUGGUUAGUUAUUUAUUAUCCUUGUCUUGCAUCCCUGGGAAUAUUUAUGGCUAGAUAUUUACUGAGACCUGCGGGUGUUCUGUGACUGCUGCAACCACAACCAUGCGCCUGCAUAAAGUAGUUCCAACCCAGCUGGAACUUUACAAACUCACCUAACUUGUCAAUGGAUGCCUGAAGAAGUUUGAAAGUAUUUGAUCCCAUUGGCUCAACUCACCUGCAACCACCACUCACCGACUAAAGCAAAUCUUCAGCUACUCUCUUCUCUCUUUCUCCCUUUUCUGUCCCUUCCUACUCUGAUUCUUGGGGCAAGGACAGACAAAGUGUACACUUGAUAAAGGGUAUUGACCCGAAACAUGUUGUGUUACCACUACCCACAAUAAAUGUU